AUGGACUGUCUAGCCAUCGCAAAUAGGGCGCUUUGUUCGAGUUCAGUUAGUGUUCAAACGCAGCAGCAGCAGGCAACUCAUUUGGAGUGUACUGGAACAGAUAUGUUCAAAAUCUCUUCGGACGUUGCUGUUGAUCAGAACAAGGGGAUUGGAAUUGGAGCGGUUCUUGUUGAUGGGGAUGGACUGGUGGUGGCGUGCAGAUACGGUUUUAAACAAGGAAUGUUUACUGUUGUGGAGGGUGAAGCGUUGGCCAUGGUUGAAGGUCUCAAACUUUGCCAUGAGCGUGGCUCGAUUAAUAUCAUUGCUGAAACGGACUGUCAACAAUUAUAUUGGCUGCUUCAACGUCAAGAAACUGACCUCUCCUAUUUGGGUGAUACUUUGCGUGAGAUUUCCGAGAUGAAACGGAAUUUUCAAAGCCUUGCGUUCAGCUGGACUCCGAGGGAGGGAAACGCCAUUGCUGAUAGACUAGCUUCUGUUGCUUUGAGCUCUUUUUCGCCCCUGUCUUCUUCUUUGGGGUUACCUUUUGAUGUGAACUAUGUUCCUUCAUUCUAA